ACCUAACGUUCGUUAUGUGAACAGUCCAGUGCGCCUGCGCAGCUUACCGGACAAGAUGGCGACCAGCAAUGGUGGAGGAAUGGAGGUGGAUGGGGCAGGCAAGUAUUUCUAAUUUAUCUGUUAAUUUCCUGCUGGUAUCAACAUCGAAGUGAAGGCGGGUGCUGGCAUGUGUGGUUAAGUUUAGCUGUGAGUGGCUGUAGUCGCUGACUCGUCGGUGUUAAUGGUGGUAGGCAGAGAGCUCGCUGCUGUAAGCGGGUUAUCGCUGUCAACAAAUUCAUCAAUGUAGAUGUUUGAGCUCUGUGAUACCAUGCAGCCGGUGUUUCCGCCGCUUAUGUUAAUCUAAAUCUAUCUGCACGGGCAUGUUUGAGGUCUGACUGCCUGAUAUUAACAUAAACCCUGUCCCAAGUUAGGGCUGGUCCGCUGGCCAUGAGAUGAUCCGGUAUCCCGGCCUCUUCACUUAGACCUGCCAGCAUAACAUUAUUAACAUCUACACCUUCCAUUGUGAUCUAAUACAACAGAUGUAAGAUAAAUCUUUCUGUUAUGAAGUCUGUACGUGAUCAGUUUGUGUUGCUUUAUUUGAAAAUAUUGGGUGUGGGUGAAGUAAAUCAUAUUGAAAGAGUGUUUCUGGUAUUUUGCCCCUCCCCUCGUAUUUGUCAUGAAGUGGUCAAAAUAAUAGGAACACCUUACAGUAUAACGCUACCAAAACCCAUUAUAUCUUAAAUUGUAAGUACAAAGCACAACAAUUCACCGCCUGAUAAAAGUGAAAGGUCAGACUCCUACUGGUAAAGUUAAGUUGCUCUAUAAGACUGUAUUACAUAGUUCUGCUGUCUAUCAUAAUAUGACCGGUUGGUGUUUAUCCUUAUGAAGGAUUAUGCUGGUAGUUAUUGUAGUGUGUAUAUGUGUUCCCAGCAGUAUUUCUAUCACCAGUUGCCUCAUAUGCCAACGGAAAAGGGAUAGAAAUGCCUUCAUAGGUAUAGUAUUGGUAUGUAAUAAUUAACUAAAUGACAUAAACUCUGAACGCAGAUUGAACCUGGCUAAUUCAAGGAUUUGAAACAGGAUCUUUCUAUAAGGGCUUCACAUUGUAGCCACUGUGAUGUAUGGGUGACAGUGUGUGGAUCUUGUACAGUGUUGUUUUUUCCCCUGUAUAAAUCACUGUCUCCAAAGGAAAUUCCCCUGCAGCCCAGUCUAAAUUUUACCUUGCUUUAGACUGAUUUAAUUUAGUUAAUAUUUUAGGAAGACUGAUGAAAUUUAAUGUCAACAUUUGAUCUAAAAGUUCAGUACUUGUGUCCAAAGUACAAAGCAUGUCAUGUUUUUGUGUCUCUCUGUUACUCUAGCCAGCCCCAGCGUUAUGGCAUCAGGGGUCACCGGAAGCGUUUCAGUGGCCUUACACCCUCUGGUUAUCCUCAACAUAUCUGACCACUGGAUACGCAUCCGCUCACAAGAGGGUCGACCGAUGCAGGGUAUGUAUGUCAGCACUCUGCAAGAAAUAUUCCUUAACCUGUAGGCGCUAAUAUGUUCAUAUUGGAGUAAGGUUUAGCUGGGUUGUUUUGUGAUGAAACAUGUUAUAGUAGAUGUUGUUCACGUUUUUGUUUCAGUGAUUGGCGCCCUGAUCGGGAAACAGGAGGGGAGAAACAUUGAGGUGAUGAAUUCCUUUGAGUUGCUGUCUCACACCAUAGAUGACCGGGUGCAUAUUGAUAAGGAAUACUACUACACUAAGGAAGAACAAUGUAAGUGGUUUAUAUAUUCGAAGUGCAAGAAUACAACUUUGACACAACGUACUGUAUGUGACUUUUAGCUUGUUUUAAGAGGUGCCUGCUUUAUCAUAGAUGGCCUCAGUUAGAGAUAUUCGCUGGAGACCCAGUCAUCGAUUAUUAUUCAGAUGUGAAAGGUACUUGCUAAAGUUUUUCUCUGACGUUUUCAUCCAUCUCUCAGUCAAACAGGUCUUCAAAGACAUGGAGUUCUUGGGCUGGUACACCACAGGUGGCCCCCCUGACCCAUCAGAUAUUCAUAUUCACAAGCAGGUAGGCACAAAUUAAAGGCAUUUAUGAUCCUCUUUGAUCUGCAGUGAGUCCACUAGUAUGUUGUGUUUAUGACUCCUUAUUUGAGCUCUAAACUUCCACUCUCCACCAGAAUACUGACUGAAAAAGCUCAAGAUCAUGUGAUUGCUAUGAUCAGUAGAUGCCUGAGAGAUGUUGAGAAAAGUUAAAUACCCGGACAUGUCCUGCUUGUCAUAUCAUGCGUUGUGAUAUGCAGUUGAUAACCUGGAAUCAUCUUUAGGAGAAAUGUUAUUUGGAGGAGUGAUAACUACAGCAUAGUACUUUGCCUUUUCAGCUACAAUUUGUAAAAUUUAUCAUUUGAGAAAAAAAAAAAUCAAAUUCGAAGCCUUGUGCUUUUUAAAAAAAUCUCAUUUGUUUGAAAUCUCUUGUAAUGUGUGACCCCUCAUGCUGUUCAUAUGUUCACUUUUUCUCUCUCUGUUCCAGGUGUGUGAGAUAAUCGAGAGUCCUCUGUUCCUAAAGCUCAACCCGAUGACCAAACACACUGAUGUGAGUUUCUUUGCACAUUUGAGUUCAAAAGAUACAGCUGAUAUUUUUAAGAAAGCAACUUAAAACCCAGUUGUUUAGAUUAUCUGUUGUUGCAUGCUUGAUCCUUUUCGUAUUUUUAUUACAAUUAUACUUAUUAGUGGUAGUUCCUUUUUUCUGUAUUCAUUAAUCCUAUUUGACCAGCACUAUGUGACCUCUGCUUUUGAAAUAUGCUGUAUAAAUAAACUUUUACAAUUAUUAUUUUUAUAAAAUCUUGGUUGCGUAUUUACACACAUCUGCUGUUAACGAAGUCUCCCUUUCUCCCACAGCUCCCUGUUAGCGUUUAUGAAUCUGUGAUCGACAUCAUCAGUGGAGAGGUAACUUUAUCGCUCAUGUUACAAACAUGUACAUUUGAUUCACUGUUCAUACCCCUUGUUUGAUGUGAUAUGGUUUUUUCUUCAUAUCCAGGCCACCAUGUUGUUUGCUGAGCUGACAUACACUCUGGCCACAGAGGAAGCAGAGAGAAUUGGUGUUGAUCACGUCGCCCGUAUGACAGCCACCGGCACAGGAGAAAACUCGACAGGUAAAGACGGGCUGACGUAAAACUCAAAACACAAGCAACGUGCAUACAACCUUAAAUCAAUACAAAAAUGUCCCUCAUAAAUUAAAAAGUACAAAUGUGCAUGUAAUUUAAUCUUUUUGUCCUCUUUGUCCUCUCUGCUAGUUGCUGAACACCUCAUAGCUCAGCACAGUGCGAUUAAGAUGCUGCACAGCCGGGUGAAGAUCAUCCUAGAGUACGUCAAAGCCGUGGAGGCAGGUGAGCGGACAACAAGGUCUUUUAAUGAGGCUGUGAGAGCAAAGAAUGUGCAAAUAAGUCUGGAAAACAGCUGCUCUGAAAUGAGAUGUUUCCUUUCCUCACUUUGGCACCAUUAAAGGGGGCCCCUCGAACACACCCCCAUAAUUACAAGCUGCACCUUGAUACCAUCUUCACUGCAUCUUCUGACCUCAUUGUUUUUGUGCUUCUCUGUCUUGCCCGUCUUCCUGCACCACAGGAGAGGUGCCAUUUAACCACGAGAUCCUUCGAGAAGCAAACGCUCUGUGCCACAGACUGCCGGUCCUCAGCACCACGAAAUUUAAAACUGACUUCUACGAUGUAAGAAAACUUAAGUCAAGGAGGCUGUUGAAAUUACUUUACUGUUUUAUUUUGGGGUUUUUUUAAACAAAAGGUCAAAACUUACAAAUCCUCUGUCCAACUCUCAAAAACAGACUCUCCCAGCCUUUGUUUAGAUGUUGUUAAUAUCUGAUCACAUGAAGCUUAUUCUUCAUUAUUUAACAAUAUCACACCAAUACACAGAUAGAAGAGGUAACAGGGAUAAAAGCACACCUCAUACCUCCGCCUCUAUAAAUAAACUCAAUUCUACUACAAGACAGAAUGACAGCCAGGCCCCAUGUAGCUACUCCAUGACUCUGUAUUUUAUAAGUUGGCUCUAUUUUUAGCUGUAAGUGAAAUUUAAUGUGCCACCAAGGAUUUCCAGCACAACGCUGAUUUAAUAAGCACUGCUGUAGGGUUCAGCGAUGUGCCUUAACAGCUUUAAAUGCACAGAAAUUACUUGUUAGUGGGUAUUUCUCUUGGGUUUUGUCUUUUAAUGUGAUGUACCGACUCUACAAACAAGACAGUAUAUUGACAGCGAUUUUAUAUUUCACUAUAAUCAGCUGGGAAUAGAGUUGAAGCAUCAGGAUCAACAUUGCAGUGAUGUCUUGUCAUGUAUAGAUGUUACUGGCUACUUGAUUAGUUCAUGUGGUGUAUAUUUUUAGUACUCAUGGUCAGUGUUUUUACAUGACUGCAGGACUAAUUUCCAUCGUUAUUGAAGUUGAAGUUAAGAGUAUCGAACAGUUAAGAAGAAAAAGAAGAUUAGAUCGUCUAACUGUGAGGAUCCUGUGAGCUAUAACCAAACGUUUUAUUUUUUUUCUCCCUGCAGCAAUGCAACGACGUGGGCCUCAUGGCCUACUUAGGUACCAUCACCAAGACCUGCAACAGUAUGAACCAGUUCAUCAACAAGUUCAACGUUCUGUAUGACAGACAGGGCAUCGGCCGGAGGAUGAGAGGACUCUUCUUUUGAGGCGAAGCAGAGAGAUGAACGAGCACUGCAGUUUCUUUUUUUUUUUCCUCUGUUUUCGUUCAUUUUUCGGUUUCUUUGUAUUUUGGUCAGCUGAAACAAAAUUCUUAAAGCAGCAGUAGCUUUUCAAACCAGUUUACCAUUUUCAACUACAAGUGUAUCUAAAGGCACUUAAUCACACCAGUCAGCAAGAGAUGCGUACAAACUCUUCCCUGAGCGUGCACAGAGAUGAAUCCACUGUACAUGAACGUUAUAUUAUUUUACCGUUUGUUUUAUUGUUUCAUGUUUCUGUAUGUAAUAAAUGAUCUGCUGAUUUUUUUCAUGGGAC